GUGAAAGCAAGAGAAAUUGAGUGAGAGCUCUUGUGAGAGAAAAGAAAGAGAGAAAUUGUGAGAAAUCCUUGUGUAGAUUAAAAGGGAGUAUUAGGGAGAAUUUGGAAGCUUCUAUACAUUGAAGUUAGGGUGUUGAGUGCUUCUUAAGUGAGAGAGCUUCUAAAUUAUUGUACUCUUUUUCUUAAUAGUGGAUUUAUUUCUCUCUUUCCCAUGGACGUAGACUUGUUGAGAGAGCUAUUGGUAGAGCUCCUGGUGUUGUGGCGAAAUGCAAACUGAAGCCAUGAAGUAUUCAAUUGAGCUAUUUGAUGGCAAGAAUGGCUUUGCUCUAUGGCAAAGCACUGUGAAGGAUGUCCUUACUUGUCAAGGACUUGAUGCAACUUUAGAAGAGACCAAGCCGGCUGAGAUGAAGGAUAGUGAUUGGAGCACUAUCCAAAAGAAGGCAGCAAAUCAAAUUCGGUUGGCGCUUGCACCGGAGGUGAAAUACAACGUCCUUUCAGAGACUACUCCAAUAGGCAUGUGGAAGAAACUUGAAGAGAUAUAUGCUUCAAAAUCUUUAAUCAAUCGGCUGCGUUUAAAGAUGGAACUAUAUCAAUUGAAAAUGGCAGAAAGCACUAAUAUUCACAGGCACUUAUCUGAUUUUAACAUGAUGGUGACACAAGUAGUGAAUGCCAGGGAUGUUGUAGAAGAAGAGGAAAAAGCUUUGCUUUUACUUGCAUCCUUGUCAAAGUCUUACAAGUCCCUAGUGCAGAGCAUGCUAGUGGGUAAGACUACCUUGGUGAUGAAAGAUGUCACAUCCAUGUUGUUGGAGAAUGAUAAGUUUCUUAGGGAAGAUGAUAAGUUUCUUGGGGAGGAUGAUGGUGCCAAUCAAACUAAUGCUUUGGUGAUGGAGCACUCUCGGGGAAGAUCCAAUGGAUGUGGAGGUGGAGGAAAUCGAGAAAGGUCGAAAUCUAGACCUAAGAAGGAUUAUGGUGAAGUGUAUCAAGAAACUAAGGAUAAGGGAGAGGCUAAUAUUGUUGAAGAAAAUGUGGAUGAAGUAUUAGCUUGUGAAGAGUGUGAUCUUGAGGUGGAGCAAAACAAUCAAAGAUGGAUUUUGGACUCCGCUGCAACUAUGCAUGUGUGCAAUAAUCCUUCGGAAUUUGGGAGUUUGGUUUGGGGGGAGCUCGGCAAAAUAACGGUGGCUACCGGCGAGAAGGUGAAUAUUGAAGGCAUAGGAGAUGUUUGUCUCAAUAUUCACAAUGGGAGAGCCAAGAUUCUCAAGAAUGUAAGAUAUGUGCCCAAGUGUUCAAGCAAUAUUAUUGCUUUGAGUGAGUUGACAACACGAGGGUGCAAGUAUGUCGGAAAGCGAGAAUGGUGCAAGGUCUACAAAGGUGGGAGACUUGUUCUGCGUGGAAGGAAGAACAAGCACAACAUCUAUGUGCUUGAGCAACAUCCCGAGAGAAGGCUCAACAAAACCAUGAGGAAGAUGGUGUGGAAGCCUAAAGGGAUCUUGGUAGAUGGCAAGGAAAUUAAUAAGACCAAGAAGAAGGUGAGCUUCAACAAUGAAGUGGUGUUUGGUGAUGGUUCGAGGAGGACACCAUGAUAAAGUGCUCUUGAGCAGAGGGAGCAAAAUUAUGGAAUGUUGAAGUGUAUGGAGUCAUGGUUGGUUUCUCCUCCCAUAGGGUUGGAGGGGGAGAUUGUUGGAAGAAAGUCCAACCCCAUGUGUGAACCCAUGGACUUUUUGUGUGGAAGUUUGCUUCACCAACCUAGCUAGUUGUGGGCUAGGAUUGCUUUGUUGAAAUCAUGCAAGAUUGCAUGUUGACCCAUUUAAUGGGCAAAGAAAAACUUGGCCGGGUGGUAAUGAGGCAGAAAAAUGGUGCAUGGGUGGUUGGAUUUUUCACUAUAAAUACCCAUGCAUGCAAAGGCAAUGUGAAAGCAAGAGUAGGAGAAAGCAAGAGAAAUUGAGUGAGAGCUCUUGUGAGAGAAAAGAAAGAGAGAAAUUGUGAGAAAUCCUUGUGUAGAUUAAGAGGGAGUAUUAGGGAGAAUUUGGGAGCUUCUAUACAUUGAAGCUAGGGUGUUGAGUGCUUCUUGAGUGAGAGAGCUUCUAAAUUAUUGUACUCUUUUUCUUAAUAGUGGAUUUAUUUCUCUCUUUCCCGUGGAUGUAGACUUGUUGAGAGGUGCACAAGUCGAACCACAUUAAAUUAUUGUCUCAAUU